UCCAAGGUCUCUGAGCGGUGGAGUUGGACUCGAACCCCGGCAGCCCCAUAACUCGGAACACUCGGAACCUCUCCUUUCCCGCGGGAGUUGAAGCUCUUUUUCACCUAGGAAUUUUACAAACUUGGCCUCACCCUAGGGAAGGGGCUCGGCCUUGCAGACCAGCACAACCUCGCCGCGCGAGGCAAGUCCAAGGGCUCCGACGCAGGGCGCGGGUAGGGAGGCGCGGCGCCGCCCCCGGGAUAUUUAACCCCAGCCUGGAGCCCGCCGGGCGCCGAACGCUCGGGCUCCUAGGCGCUCGCGCCUUCCCUCCCUCCUCCGGGCUGUCUCCCGGCGCGCUCCACCCUCCGCCCUGCGCUCGCCUCGCGCGCAGGCACCGGCCGGCGGGCGCGGGGAGCGGGGCGCGGGCGACGCUCGCCUCUGCGGAGCCGCCCCCUGGCCGCUGCCGCCGCGCACCGCCCAGCCCGCGCCGCCCGGGCUCCAGCCGCCCCGCUGUCCGCCCUGAGUGCGCCGCGGCUGCCCGAGCGCCCCGCAGACUGGCGGGUGGCCGUGGACGCCCAGCCAGCAGCCCGCAGCAUGGAUUCGGAUUCCGGGGAGCAGAGCGAGGGCGAGCCCGUGACCGCCGCAGGUCCUGAUGUUUUUAGUUCAAAGAGUCUUGCGCUUCAAGCCCAGAAGAAGAUUCUGAGCAAAAUAGCCAGCAAAACUGUGGCCAACAUGUUGAUUGAUGACACCAGCAGCGAGAUCUUUGAUGAGCUCUACAAAGUCACCAAAGAGCACACACACAACAAGAAGGAAGCCCACAAGAUCAUGAAAGACUUAAUCAAGGUGGCGAUCAAAAUUGGAAUCCUCUACCGGAACAACCAGUUUAGCCAAGAGGAGCUUGUUAUUGUGGAAAAGUUCCGGAAGAAGCUGAACCAGACCGCCAUGACAAUCGUCAGCUUCUAUGAGGUGGAAUAUACCUUCGAUAGGAACGUGCUCUCCAAUCUCCUGCAUGAGUGCAAGGACCUGGUGCAUGAACUGGUGCAGCGGCACCUGACGCCCAGGACCCAUGGGCGCAUCAACCACGUCUUUAACCACUUUGCCGAUGUGGAGUUCCUCUCCACCCUCUAUAGUCUGGAUGGAGACUGUAGGCCCAACCUCAAGAGGAUUUGUGAAGGAAUCAAUAAGUUGCUAGAUGAGAAAGUCCUUUAAACGCCUUCCCUCCUACUGGACUUUGCUGCUUUAAAGUUAUAGCACUCAACCAUGAUCUGGGUGAGAAUCAAGAACAUAAGCAGAAACCCUUGUCAAAGAUGUCCAUGUUCUGUUCUGUUCAUCCCUCUGAUGCUGAUUCUGAUGCUGAACUGAGCUCAGGUGUGUUUUUCUUCCAAGCUUUCUAGCAAGGUUUCUACUUGAAAUCACCUGUGUGCAAGCCCAAAGGACAUUUCAUCUAUUCCAAGCAGAAAGGCUGUUUUGUUCAUUACAGUGAGUGCUGUUCAUCUCAUGGAGUGGGAGGAGCACUAAACCAGGAGACAGAGGACAUGGAUUUGGUUUCCAGCUUAACCAGUUAGGACUCUGUCCUCUGCAUUCUGGAACCAUGAUGCCUGCCUACCUGCCUCACAGGGCUGUUGUGAGGACCGGAUGAGAUGAUGUAUGUUCAUACUUUUGGAAUCUCUAAUUUAAGGUCUUAAUAUUUUGUCUUCUGAGUGUGAGGGGAUAAACCUGGAUGUAGACUAUUAAGCAGCAUAGGAGAAAAGAACAAUAGAAUCUAAUGGACUGGGUUUGCAAUCUGUCUCUAAAUGCACUGCUUCAGACAAAGUGAAAUCCAAAGGUGUGAAAAAGUAUAGCUGCAAAUUGGAAAAAUGUGUUUCAAGAGUCGUCUUUUUGGCCAGGCGUGGUGGCUCACACCUGUAAUCCCAGCACUUUGGGAGGCCAAGGCGGGCAGAUUGCCUGAGGUCCGGAGUUCGAGAUCAGCCUGGCCAACAUGAUGAAACCCCAUCUCUACUAAAAUUACAAAAAUUAGCCAGGCGUGGUGGUGCACGCCUAUAAUCCCAGCUACUCAGGAGGCUGAGGCAGGAGAAUUGUUUGAACCCAGGAGAUGGAGGCUGCAGUGAGCUGAGAUCAUGCCACUGUACUCCAGCCUGGCCAACAGAGCAAGACUCUGUCUCUAAAAAAAUAAUAAUAAUAAUUUUUUUAAAAAAGAGGUGUUUUUGAGGUCUUAGAUGUUCAGGUUUAUGAUCCUGUGGAGGGAAACUUUCCAUGGGGGGAUGGGGAGAGAGAGUUUUCCAUCCACAACACAGAAACAGAGAAGCACUGUGCUCCCUCUGCAGGACCAGCCUUCCCUUAUCUAAGGGGCAUGGAGCUCAGGGAGGCUUUAUUCCAUAUGCACGGGAAAAUCAGGCAGAAUGGACCCCUACCCAUCUUUCUUGGCCUUUCACAGUCAUUUUGUGCUGUUUUCUCUGGUUCAUUAAUAAAUUGAAACUGCCCUCCAAA